CUGGUUACAAGGUUCUUCAAGCGCCAUGGACAUGCGAGAGAGGUUCUUGAGGCGCACUCGAAAAAGACUCUUCUGCUAGCGGAGGAGACGCGUUUCGGCACGAACGUCAUCAUGAUGGAGAGGCUGGUGGCACUGCGGGCCGCGUUGACAGAUGUUGUGGCCGACGAUCGCUGGCGCGAGACUGUUUGGUCGACCAGCAAGAUCCGCAAGGAUGCAGCGGAGGUCACUGCAUGUAUCGGCUCCCCUCCAUGGUGGGAGGAUUUGAGAGCUCUGUGCAAGAUGCUAGAGCCCAUCAUGGGCAUGCUGAAGUUGGUGGACAGCGACACACGCCAGAUCAGCAAGAUUCUGCGACGUUACGAGGAAAUGAUUGCAUCUUGUUUAUCCGCAUGUCGUGACAUUGAUCGGGAGCAGCAGGACGCUAUUGUGGAGGUGUUCCACAGGCGGCGCACCAUGUUCAAGACCCCCGCCCACACGGCAGCCAUGCUGCUAGAUCCAGAGUUCCGGGACGCGACGCUUUGUGACGAUGCRGAGGUGCAGCAGGCCUUGGUCGAGGCCCUUGUCCAGUUCGGCUACCMGGAGRAUUCGCYGCAGCACCGGGAGGUCCAACGAGCGGUCGCCAAGCUCCACACGAGGGAGCCCCCUUUCGAUGAGCUCACCAUGCGGCGAGCUGCGGAUAUCUUUGAUCACCCUGCCAGUUUUUGGUUCUCAAAGAAGGCGAAGUUCCCUCAYACGGCCGUGUUUGCAGGCAGGAUCCUUCGUAUAUGGGCGACCGCCUCACCGUGCGAGAGAGCGUGGUCUCGUUGGAGCUUCAUUCAUUCGAAGUCUCGCAACAGGUUGGAGGUUCCCCGGGCUGAGAAGCUUGUGCGGUGCCACUGGAACCUCGGGCUACUCGAUCGACCUUCGUUGUGCGACGAUGGUGUUGGAGAGAGGCCCGGCGUCUUCAGGAAAUGGGUGCAUUAUUGGCAGGCCGUGGAGGACGAGGCAGCCGUGGACCAGCARCUCGUCAGAGGCACCGGUGUUCUGGCGAAGGUGACCAAUGAGGAGUUAAGCCUCGCCAGAGAGAGGAUGCGCGCCAUUUCCCGCAUGGGAGCCGAGCGUCGGGUGGCGGAGUCGGACAGGAGGCGACGCAGGGCUGGUGGUCGGGGACGUGGCGGCCGUGGACGAGCAGGUGUCGGAGGACGUACACGUGGCAAUGCGGGUUCCGCUCCUCGGACUCGGCGACAGCGGACGGAUGGUGGCAUUCGCAGGGCCCGCAUGCGUUGGGACGAGGGUGACUUCUUGUUCGACAACACAUCCAGCGACGACGACAAUUUCUUUGCGUCGGGAACACAUGCAUCCACGGGUGAUGAUAGAGGUGACGCUGACGAUAGAGGCGAUGACAGAGGCGACGGUGAUGACAGAGAGGACGAGAUGGGAGAUCCUUCCAACGAGACGCAGCGCGACCCGGUUCAUGCAGAGGAGCUAGCCUCGAACACUGAUGUGAUAGUGACGGAGGAGGAUACAGGGUUCAGGAUCACUCAUCCCCGGUCACCAGCGCCGGUUGUUGGCACAGAGGAGGAGACGGAGUUCGGAGGACCCGGUCCACUCCGCCAGGCGCACACUCGGUGCACUCCAGCAAGCGCCCCAGUCCACUCCACAGGAGCGGGUUUGGAGGACRGCGAGGCACGACGUGAGCCGCCUCCUCACACGAGUGACGGCGGUCUAGAGGAGGGAGAGGUUGCACCCACUCCCACUUGUGGAAAGGACGGGGAGGACGAACGUCCUCCGACGGACCACCACGUCGGCCUCGACUGCCYGCCCGACAGUCUUCCGCCCACCGACGAGCUAUUCACCAUGGAUUCCGCCUUGGCAUCUCUGCCCGAUAUAUCGCUACUGAUAUCUCCCACUUUGCCGGUUGUGGCACCACCGGAGCCUGCUAGACGAGAUGACGCGCGUCGUGACAGAGGGUUUGACGAGUUCAGCGGCGACACGAUACUGCAUCCUCCAGAGCCCGACACUCCCGCCAUUUUUCAUGUCGGUGCACCGUGGGCGGUGGAGCAGGGGUUGGCGGAGGAGGUAGCACGGAACCGUCGUGGUGGACUGCACGUCGCAGCUCAACGUAGUAUGGAAGGUUCACUAGAGGCAGCGUCUGGAGAUUUUUUGGCGCAGGGGGGUCAUGGUUCGCAGCUGUUAUCGAACGGCGUGUCAUCAGUCCAUCCACCAGAGGAGGGCCCGCAGCAAGAGCCACAUCGAGGGCCAGCGGAGACUUUAGAGGCAAGGCCUCCCGGAGUUAUCCGCUCGGACGGAGGUGAGGGCGUGAGCGAGGAUACAGUGCAGCCAGGGAGCGCAGAUGGUGGACGGUCCUUCAGGGGGGGCAUCGAGCGCAGAGGGUCAUCGACCGCACACCCCAGCAUUGCCGCGCCGAGCGCAUUGCCUACGAGGUCUUUCUACGACGGUGCGGACAUGGACCGGAGGGCGGCCGAUAUCGGACAGACAUCAGCAUAUGGACCGGCAGAUGUGCCCGCGGGGGCGCGAUCGAUCGGCAACGUCGACGACAUUUGUCAUGAUUCCAUGAGAGCUUACGAGGAGCAGCAUGGGAGGCCUAUACGGGCCAAGACGAGCGAUGUCAACGACACCAGAACGGCAACUGCGAGGCUGUCACGGGCGAGGAAGAAGGGAACAGGUGUGUCGAUUGUGUAUCACCGGCGCCGCCUGCAUCCUUUUUUCCGCAACAGGGAUGAGACCAGACAGAUGCCAGCUGUCGCAGAUGGACAGGGGGGGGCGGAGGGAGGUGACAAAGUGGACGAAGCAGGUCGAGGUGAGAAGAGACGAGGCGGCACGAUCAUCCUCCACGACGACAGCUCUACAGCCGCUGAGGGCGGUGAGACCACAGGCGCCGACGAUCCUGAUGACUCCGAUUACGUCCCGAGGAUCCGUACGGCGGACAGAGAUGACGGCGGAGGUCGUCGCAUCGAGCCUGGGUCUGGAUGGACAAACCAGGCUGCACUGCACUCCAGGAUUCACAAGAGCGUGACAAGAGUGUUUCAUGAGCGGGACUAUCUAGACAAGGAGGGUGUGGUUAAGGAAGCCAAGGAGCUCAUUCAUCGUGCGUGGCUCUACUCCUGCUCCUAUGCGGAGUUGGCUAAGUACUACCACGAGGCGUACUCCUACUGGAGUUGCACUGAUGCCUCUCGCUUUCGAUCUUGUCUCUUGAGCGCAGUGUCGAGACUCCAAACAUCUGUUUUGCUCAGAGAAAUCCAACUGCUCCUCUUGAACGAAGAGACCAAGGGAACGUUCAAUGGCAACGAUCGACGUUCGGAAACGACUCACGGCGGAGGCGGCGGAGGCGGAGGCGGCGGCGGAGGCGAACCUUUCCAUCGUACCUCGGGGCCAAGAUCCGAACCUGCGCUCGAACCGGAAUGCAGGCAAGCCGUUGGAUUAGAAUGCAGACCAGCAUCGGGAUCGGGACCAGAAGGGCUGCGACCUGGCUGCGGAGGAGCGGGAUCCCGACAUCAAGUGGUGCUACUCCUCCAGGAUCAGAGGGCGAACCAUCACCCUGCAGCCGUGGAACUUAGGAGUACAAUCGAGUCCUCCGCCGUGGCGUUGUUUGCGCUGCUGUUGUUCAUUGCUGUUUUGCCCAGUCGGUGGCGAUGGUGGGUGAGGGAGGCAGAGGUCCGGUGGUGCAUGGAGGAACAUGAGCUGCUGUUGUUCAUUGCUGUUUUGCCCAGUCGGCGGCGAUGGUGGGUGAGGCAGAGGUCCGGUGGUGCGUGGAGGAACAUGACCCGGGGAGAUAACGCCACGGAAGAUUACUUCUUUGACAACAUUCGAAUGGGGGAGGGUGAAUUCAGAGGGAUAGUAGCGAUGGUGCAGCCACAUCUGGAGCGGCAACACACCCGAUACUGCACGUCUGUCCCGCCCGAUCAGCUCGUGGCAUACACCCUCUACAGGUGGGCGAUGGGCCAAAGUUAUGAACACUCUGCUGCAUCCUUUGGGAUUGGCCGGGAGACGGGCCGCGUAGCUGUGCGGGACAUCACCAUCGCUAUUUUGAGGGCGUAUCCCAACGAGAUAUCAUUCCCCACGGGGCAGCGUCUCGUGGAGGCUCUCGCGAAGUUUGAACAUAAGGUGUUUCCCUGUUGCUACGGGGCUAUCGAUUGUACGCAUUUGUACAUCGACAAGCCGGCCGGAGAGCCGGGCCAUCCGUAUUGCGACCGGCAUAGGCAAUUCUCCAUAGUUGCACAGGUCAUGGUCGGUACAGAUUUGCGGUUCUACGAUAUCUAUGCCAGCUGGCCAGGUUGCGUGCACGACGCCAGGGUCCUGCUCAACUCCUCGCUAUGGCAGAGGGCUGAAGGUGGGCAGGUGUUCAGGUCGGAUUCGUUUGUCCUGCCAACAGGGGUCGAAACACGAGGGUACCUGCUUGGGGACAACGGAUACCCGACACUGCCAUGGCUAGUGGUGCCCUAUGGCGGCCCGCAGGAGGAGGGGAGUGAUACGAAACUGUUCAACGAUAGGCAGAAGGCUUGCAGGGGGUGCGUUGAGAGAGCUUUUGGACGGCUCAAAAGCAUGUGGCGGCUCUUCUUGCGAACUCACAAGCCGCAUAUUGCCUCCAUGGCUCUCCAGUUCCGGGCGGCGUGUGUGAUACACAACCUCCUGAUCAGUGCAGGAGUUCAGAUAGACCCUGCACUCAAUGAACGCGGCGAGGACGACCGGCAGCCACCCCCACCCAGCACAGGUUGCGAGGGCUGCGGGUCGACGUGUCCGUGAUGGCCUUCGUGCACAAGUCGCAUGGCACGUGAGGGAGCGGGAGAGGGAGCAUGAAGUGUAGCAAGGGCCCCAUUGA